CUUAGAUACUGUCGCACGUGGGCUUUUGUUAGAUAUUUUCUUUUCUGAAAUUAAAUUCUUGAAAUUUAUUGCCCGCAAAACGAUGGUAGCUUUAACACAACAAAAUCAUGAGUUAAAUGAAAAUGGUGAAGUUAAAAGGAAAAUUCCUAAAGAAGUUUAUAUAGUUUCACAGGAAAUAAAGAUUGCAAAAAAUUUGUCUUCCUGCGAUUUGAAAUUAAGAGAAAAACAAUUAAAAAGGUUACGAAAGUGGCUUCAAAUUCGUUCAGAAAGCUCUUUUGAAUAUACAGAAAAUGAUUUCCUAAGAAUUUGGAAAGGAUUGUUUUACUGUUUUUGGAUGUCAGAUAAGCCUUUAGUGCAAGAAGAUCUAGCUGACCAAUUCGGUACUCUAAUAGGAUGCUUUAAGGACUUAAAAACUUCUUUAAAAUUCUUUAAUGCUUUUAUGAAAACUAUGUGUACCCAUUGGUUUGGUUUAGACCAAUGGCGUUUAGAUAAAUUUAUGAUGUUAACUAGGCGAAUGUUGCGCCACACUUUGAUGGCUAUCAAAAAACAUAAUUGGCCAGAGGAACACAUACAAGAUUUUAAUUUCUACUUGGCAGAAUCAGUUCUUGAUAAUGAUGUUACCGGAAUGAUAAUGCAUCUUGUAGAAAUUUUCAUGGAUGAAUUAGCUAAAGUAUCGAAUGGAAAGAUAUCAGCAACCGCCGUUGGGGAGUUUACAAAGCCUUUCAUAAUUUUCUUAGCAAAGCAAAGAGACUCAAAAAUAUUAGGUGAAGUUCGUAAUAAAAUAUUCUAUCAUUUGUUAUGGCAGAGUGAAGCUGGACGUGCUUUUCAAGAUAAAUUUGAAGCAUGGAAAGCGAUGGGUUUUCCAAAUAUCAACAUAAAUCAACUAGAGAAAGUAGAAACUGCGGAAUCAGAUGCAGAAAAUGAAGAACAAAUUGAAAAUGAACAACAAACAAUGGAUCCAAGAGCUGGGAAUGUCGAUGUAUUUAUUCCAAUUUUACCUGUUGAUACAAAAUUUAUAAGUCGAAUUUUUGAAAAAAUACUUGAAAAUGAAAUAGCUAACGCAAAAAGCAAAAAGUUCAUAAUGACUCUCUUAGAGAAAUACAGAAAAUUUGAAAAUGGUGAAUUUCCUUUGGGAGUUCAUAAAAUGCCAUCUGUUAAAAUUGAACCACUAAAGCCAUUAUUAGAAAGGACCACACAAGAAUUGGAUAAUCUGGACGAGGAAUUACACAGUGUUGACAGAAAUCUAAAAAAACUUAACAAGAAAAAGAGGAGGAAAAUAUUAAAUUCUCUUAAUCUUGAAGAAGUUGAUGAAAACAAUUAUGAAAAAGUACUUCAAAAAGCUAUGUCAAAAUAUAAAAUCGGAAAGGGAAAAGAUGACGAACUACAUAAGCAACCGAAAAGAAGAAAAAUUACAAUGACAUGGACAGAGGAAGAAAUCGAGCCUAAAGAAAGUAAAAAGAAAGUGGAAUUGAUUACAAAUACUACACCAAGUGACGAUAGUCCAAAAAAAGUUAAUUCUGUCAAAAUAGAAAAAAAAAAGACAAAAGGAAAUACUGAAGAGCAAAAUGUAGUACAACCUUUUAAAUCCGAAUGGGAUAAACCUUUAGAAGAUGGUGAAAUUGAAUAUUUUAUCCCUUCAAAUAAAAUAAGAUUAAACGAAGCAAAUAGCAAAUUGGAAGAAAGUGAUGGUAAUACUGAGCAAAACUCCAGUCUCGUUUUAAAUCCAUUUUCAAAAUUGAAUUCAUCUAAAACAUCGAAAAAUAUUAUUUUGGGGAAAAAAAAUAAAAAACAAAAAUUAUUAAACGUGUCAUUGCCAGAAAAGAAAAGAGUUAAAAUUGCAUUGGCGAAAAAUAUGAUACAAAAACCUAGUGAAUAUAUUAAACAAAUUAGGAAUUCCCCUCAACUUCCAUAUGAUGCAGAUAAAAAACCAAUGAAAAGUUUGCUAAAACCCAAUCAAAUGCCCAGCCCUAUAAAUCCAUUUUAUAAAAAAAAAAUAGGUUUACAAUUAAAUGAAACAUUUUAAAUAACAUUACAAGAACUGCAUGGUUGCAAGAAUAUUUCUCAAAAAAUAAUUUUUCAAAAAAGUUUAUAUGUUCUAAAAAGUAUAUUAACUUUUCCAAUAAUUAUCUACAUUGUAUAAACUAAAAUUUAAACUGUUUACAUUAAAAAAU